AUGUCCAGAGUGGAAGCCUUUCGGGACACAAACCUCCGCUCCAUGCUGAGGGGGCUGCGGACAGAUAUCGCCAUGGCUGUAGACGACCCUUUCCCUCUUGUCUACGGGUUGGUGGACACAAAUAUCAUCACUGACCAACUACUGAAGGACACUCUGGAGAAGGAAGGCAGUGAGGGGAUCCAUAAGGCCAUGUACUCCCUCCUGUCCUGGGUCCUGGAGCAGAGCAGAUCCACCAUCCAGGCCUUCUGGAGCAACCUGUCAAAAGACUACAACCUGGACAGCUACCCUAAACUGCAGACGCUGCUCACUAACCUACACUCCAAAUGGGAUGCUGCAGGUGCCAGAGGUGAGAAGAAAUUGUCUAAAAACACAAAAACACCUCACAUCAAGAAGAGGAGCCACGAGGACAGAAAGACAAACUCACACAAUCUGCAACCUCAGUAUCAUGCCAAGACAAGCGAUGGACCAGGUGGCAAAGGACCAGUCACUCUGUCCUCCUCUUCCUCCUUAGCUGAGCUGCCGGUCAGCCAUGAAGCCACAGAGAAGAUCCAUAUCCAACAGAUGUUUGUUUCAGAUGGAACUGUCAGACAGUGCAUACAAGUUGGUGAACAGUUUUACCCUGCGCAGACAAAUGGAGCAUCCCAAGCUGCUGAGAACACGUUUCACCACCAGGGGGAGACACACACAGGCAUGGCUCAGUAUAAUGAUGAUGAGUGUGCAGUGUGUAAGGACGGGGGGGAGCUGAUUUGUUGUGAUGGAUGUCCUCGAGCUUUUCAUCUGACCUGCCUUCUCCCUCCACUCACGUCUAUACCGUGUGGCACGUGGCAGUGUGACUGGUGCUGUGGCAACACAGUGAAAAGAGAGAAUGCCCAUCUGCCUUUACAACCACUCAUUGCCCAGACGCAGCAAACCAUUACAAGCUCCAGUAACUCCAUCAUGGACGUCUCCUUCUUCUCCUUGCUCUCAUCCUCGUGUCUUGUCGCAGCUCCUACAAAUGAGCUGAGUGGCAUGAGCCAGUGUUCAGGUGGAGAGCUGCUCAGUGUGAGGGAGGUGUGCGGUGUUUGUAACCGAGGAGGAGAGCUGACUCGCUGCCUCCAGUGUUUGCAGCGCUUCCACACACACUGCCUCUCCUCCAAAGGGACAUCCAUCUGCCCGUCCUGCUCCGGGCCCUGGGGCGGCUCCGCAGGGAGGGAGGCUGAAUCAUCCAGAGUCCUACAGCUCGCCCCAGGGGUUCAUGAUCAGAGCCCCCCGGUCCCUGAGCCCGGCCUCCACAAAGAUGAGCUGGACUCCAUCCUGGGAGACGGAUCCAUUGACAGCAUCUUGCAGUGGGCUUUCCACAACAUCUCUCGGCCCCUCCCCGACUCCCAAGGGUGCUUCCAGUGACCGACAGACGCCUGCCCUCUCAGGGGGAAUAAGUUAUGCCGCAAACCCCUUCUCACCACUAGAUGGCAUCCACCUGAUUGAUGGGAUGUAACACUCAUCUAUUCUGCAGUAUACUUCACUGAACUCAAGCAACCUACAAACUGUGAUAAGGAAAGUAUUUCCUUUUACAAAACAACGUUUGUGUCGAGUUGUGUGAAUGUCCCUGAUUUAAUCAAAAAUAAAGA